UGGAAGGGGUGUAGUGGACAAUAAAAUUUUAGGUCAACUCAGAGUUUGGCAUUGGCAACAUUGAUCUCCAGAUUUGUGUGCGCCGGCAUCGCACGUGAACGUGUCGCAAAAAUCUCAAUAAAUUAGUGAAAUCACCAUGUCGGACGAAUAUUUCUAUGGUGUUACCUUGUCGACAUCACAUCAGUCGGAGACAUGGGACCCAGAGGCAAAGGCGGAAUACCCUCGCAGCAACAAGCUGCUCAUACGUCAAGCACUGUUGGGUCCCGACGCCAAGCCCGAUGAACUCAAUGUUGUUCAGGUUGAAACAAUGUCACUUCAAGAGUCAGUCAAGAUCCCUGUGGCUGUCUUGAAAGCAGGAGAGUCAAGACAUGCACGUCUAGACAUUGAGUUCCCAGAUGCUCCGGUCACAUUCACUCUUAUUCAGGGAUCAGGGCCAGUGCAUUUGAUUGGUCAACACCUGGUUGGUGCCCUCGUUGAGGAGUUUGAAGAUAUGGAGGAAAUGGAGGAGGAGAUGUUAGACGAGGAGGAAGGAGACGAUUCUCAAUUUAAGGAAGAUGAGAAUAAAAGGAAAGCAUCAGCUGGCAAGCGCAAGACUAAUGAGGAUGAAGAUGACGAAGAGGGCGAGCCCAAAGGCAAGAAGGCGAAAAUGUCAAACAACGCUAAAGGCAAGGCUCCGUCGCCCAAAAAGAAUGCCAAGAAGUGAACCGCCUGCCGCGCCCGCCCCGCCGGCCUCGCCCGCCCGCCCGCGUCGCGUCGCACGCGCCCGGAACUAGAGUCAGACAGACCAAUUCCAUUUAAGACUGACUACAUCCUCGAUCACUAAUCAAUAGGUAUUCUCUACCUAGCGUAAUGGAGAUAUUCGUUUACGACAGCAGCACAGGCCAGUAGAUGGCAGUGCGACGCGGCAGCGAGCGGGCGCGGCCGGCAGCCGGCGUAUCUCUUAGUUGUACGACAUAGUGUGGUAAUUCAGUCUAGGUUAGCGUUGUAUCGACUCGAGCGUGCCUGGGUGAGUGGAAGUGUGAGUAUUUGUUUGUGAUAGUUACUUACUGGUCGAGGUAUCUGCAAACUUAUCGAUCCGAUCCGUGGUUACCGACGAUCGAGCGUGAUUUCUUCACUUAUUUUUUAUUUUUUCUAAACUAAAUUUCCAUUCCUUACUGUGGUAUAGUGUUAUGGAUGUCAAAUUUAAUAAUAAAGUAAGUCUUAAAUUCACAGAUGUAUUUUUAAGUUAAGACAUAAUUAAGCAUAAUCAGUGUACUUUAAGACAUUGACCAUUUUGUAUGGAGUAGCUACCGGUCGAAAUGUAUUUGAAUUUGCUAACGAUUUCUCAUUUCAGAAUGAAAACUGAUAAUCUAUUAUAGUUUGUUUGUACAUAUACAUUAUAAAAGCAUAAGAACGGUAACAAUAAAAAGCAUUUCUAAACAUU